AUUUAAUAAAUAUGAUAUUACAGCGAAAGCAAUGAAUAAAGAUGUCACAGUUGACAACAUGAUGUACUUAUCACUAUGCACCUUGUUUCGACAUGUCAACAGCAAAACCGACCGAACACAAUUGAAGAUAGAGAUCAACCGAUUAUUUGAAGUUGCCUCAAAAGAUGAUCGAAAUAUCAUCGAGAUAUUUUCUAAUUUAGUUACCAAACUGCCCAACUUUGAACGACUUAGGCCUGUAGGAGAAAUGGAGUUGACGGUAAAUUUUUUGGACCCAAUUCUUUCACCCAUAUUUCAUUGCCCUGACAAGAAUAAGCAUCUCAUGUGGUUAAAUCGUAAAGAUGAAAAUACACUGAUAUUCCGACCAGAUGCGACCACUGUUGCCAUCCCGCAAAAAGCAGAUAUUGUUACUUUAGGAUACGUAGAAGUGAAGCCCCCAGAUUUCGAUUCCAAUCCCGAGUUGGCAUUCAAGGACUUGGUUCGUUUAGGCACAUUUUCUCGCCGUUUGAUGUUAAGGAAAAACAAUUCUACGGUAAUAUUCGUGCAAUGCAUUGGUUAGGACGUGGUGUUCUACUUGGUCCAAGCAUUCACAGAAGAAAUCGCAUAAUUGGCUGAGAUUUUGUCCAACAAUGUACCUAAAACAAUUGGCCAAAUUGGGUGCCUUCUAGAAAAGGUAGACGACUUCAAGCGAUUAUUCCUUUUAUACUAGCAUCAAAUAGAGACUCGGUACAAGAUCUCAAGAGCACUUGAGGAAGAAAACGCUGCUCGACCAAUUGAUGCAAUCAAUCCCAAACGUCGCAAACAAAAAAUCCCCUCGUUCUCUUUGGUGUAAGGUUUCUCGCUCUCCCUCAUAUUUUUCUCCUGUAGCCCAAUAUGA